AUGGAUGAAGCGAUCGAACCCAACAAAAACCAGGGGACCGGGGAGGAGCGAAAUAGGCGAGCGCAAGGGACAAGAGGAGACGAGAGAGUCGCGCGGAGGAGAGCGGAAGCGGAGCCGGGAGAGCGCCAGCCAGAGGGGAGGGGCCGGGGGGGGGCCGCGGAACGGGAGACCGGCAGCCAGGGGGGCCGCAGACCGGACGCAGAACCCGAGAGGGGGAGGGGGAGCGACGGAGCGGCGGAGGACCGGAACGGAAGGGGCGAGCGAAGCCAGAAGCCGGGAGCCCAGCAAGCCAGGGGAGAGGAGGCACAGAGGGGGGGGGACGAACAACGACGAGGGAGGAAGGCCAACCAGACCACGGAAGAAGCCGAGGCAACGGGCACCACGGAAGGAAGGCCCGAAGAGAGAAGAGAGAAGAGAGAGGAGGAGGGAAAAGCGGACAGGCGCCCACGGGGGGCAAGGACGAGCACAACCGGCAGCAAAGAACAAAACACACGAAGCAGAGGGAGAGGGCCGCGAGGGAAGCAGAGGAGGAGCCAGGAGGGGCACAGGCAGGGGAAGGCGCCAACGGAGGGCCGGAAGGAACAAACCCGAGGGGAGGCGCGGGACCGGAAGGGAGGGGGCGCAAAAGACAGGAGGGGCACAACGGAAGGAGAAAACGCAGCCAAAGGGGACAAAAGAGGACACGGGAGGAGCGCGAAAACGGGAGAAGCAGGCCGGAAGGAGAGAGCGCGGAAGGGGAGCAGAAGGCGAACGAGAGGCCAGGACGGCGGGAGAAGGGAACGGGAAGGACGAGCGCGAACAGCGAAGAGCGGGGAGGGGACACGGCGGGCACGCCCACGCAGCAAAAAGAGCCAAAAGAGAGGCAAGGCACAGAAGCAGGCCAAGAACGGAGACAAGAAACCAAAGGGCGAAGGCCAGAAAGGGGGAAGCGGAAGCAGACACCAGAACGGCCCAAAGAACGGCAAGGGCACGGGAAAGGAACGGAACAGAAGGAGGCGGACGGAGAGGGCCCACAAAAGGGGGGGAGCCGGACAAACCAAAAGGGCCCAGGAGCAAGGGGGAAGAAACGAAAGACGCGAGGAAGCACGGAAGAAGGGAGGAAAGGACAGGGCACCACAAGGGAAAGGCGGGGGGGCGAAGAAAGGCCGGAAGAGGGGGACAACAGGGGCAGAAAGAGGGGGCACAACCAAAGGGGCAAGAAGGGGAACGGAGGAAGGGAGAGGAACAAAGACAAGAGGAAGACGGGGGGAAGAGGGGGACGGAGGGGGGAACAGACAAGCCCAAGGGGAAGGGAGGAAGACAAGAAGGAAAGCCAAAAACGGGAGGGGAGGAGCGGAAGGAGCGGGGCGAAAGGAGCACGCCCACGGAGGAAAACAGGCGGCAGCGAAAGGAAGAAAGGAACGGAAGAAGAGACAGACGCAGAAGGGAGGGAGGGACCAACGAACAAAGGAAGACAGAAGGCCCCACCAGGAGGGGGACAGACGAAAGAAGCAAGGGGGGGGCCAAGGAAAGGCCAACGAAAGAAGGAAGAGAGAGGCCCCACCAGAGGGGGACAGACGAAAAGAAACAAAAGACAGCGGGCAAAACCAAGGGAGAAGGGGGCGCAAAAGAGACAGGGGAGAGGAGGGGAAGCCAAAGAGGGAGGGCAAAGCACGGAACGGACGACAGGGAGGCCGAAGAACCGAGCAAGAGGCGGGGAGGAAGGAAGAGAAGGGACGAAAGGGGGGGAAGGGACGGAAGACAGGGGGGCCAAGGCAAACCAGGAAACGGAGAAGGAGAAGGGAACGAAAGGGAGAAGGCGAAGAAAGGGGAGAAAAGGAGAGCGAAGGGGGGAAGGGAGGGAGGGACAGAAAACGGGCCGGGGGGCGAAAGGGGAAGGCGAGGAAAGCCAAGGAAGAAACCCGGAGGAGAAGAGGGGCACAAGGACGAAAGAGCCAGAAGAAGCGAGGGACAGAAAACGGGCCGGGGGGCGAAAGGGGGACGCAAGGAGAGCCAACGGAAAAAGGGAGGGAGGAGGAAACCAGGAGCAAAGGAGGGGAAGAAGCAAAGGACAGAAAACGGGCCGGGAGGCGAAAGGGGAGGCAAGAAGAGGCAGGGCGAGCAGGAGGAGAAAAAACGGAAGAGAGCAGGGGCCGGGGCGGAAGCCCGGGGGGCAAAGGAAGAAAGAGGAGCGAAAGGGACAGCAGAAAAGGAAACGGCAGGAGAGAAGGGAAAGGAGGGACAAAGAACCAGAAAGGAAAGAAAGGAGGGAGGGCGAGCAGCACGGAGAAAACGACGAAACGACAGGCCGAGACAGAAGGGCCGGGGGGCGAAAGGAGGACCGGAGGCCAGGAGGGCAGCCGGAGGAAGGAGACAAAGAGAACGAAAGGGCCGGGGGGCGAAAGGGCAGCAGAGGACAGACAAGGAAGCACAAAGGAGAGGGCCAAAACGGGAGGGGAGCAAAAGAAACCGCGGAAGAGAGAAGGGGAACAGAGGAAGGAGGCGGGGGCGACGCCCAAAACCAAAGGAAAAGGAGAAGAGCACGAGACAAGGAGCAAAGGCGGGCCGAAACGGGAGGGGAGGAAAACGGAAGAAGCGGAGGGAGCGGAAGAGGCGGGAGCAGGCCGGAAGGAACCAAGAGGGAAAACGCAAGAGAGGGCAGGAAAGGAAAGAGGCGGGGCGAGGCGGGAAGGAACCGAAAGAAAAGCACAGGGGCAAGGAAGACGGAAAAGGGGGACAAACAGAGGAGACCAGAGGGGGAGGGGAAAAGCGAAAGAGACGCCAAGGAAAGGGGGGAGAGACGAAGGCGCACGGAAAACCAAGGCCGGAAAGAGAGGAGCAAGGGAAGGAGACGAGGGGCACAAGAGGGCGGAAGGCAGGGCCAGGAAAACGAGGAGGGCGCCCCGAGGCAGAGAGACGGAAGGGAGAACGGGGGGGGGAGGAACCGAAAACGGGAGGGGAGACACCAGAAAACGGGAGGGGGCACCGAGGAGGAAAGCGGAAAGGGGGAACGAAAAGGAGCGGACGAAACGGGCGGAAAGGCAGGCACGACCGCAACGAAAGGGGAGGCAGAAGGCCAACGGAAAGAGGAACGAAGAGAAGGCCAGCGCAAAGGAGGCAGGGCGAAAGGCAGAAGAAAAGGGCAGAAGGGAAAACAGAAGAGGAGGCGGAGGACAAAGAGGCAGAAAAGGAAACAGGAAACGCAGAGAGGCCAAAGAAAGGGCAGAACGGAAAGCAAGGGACAAGAGGAGAGGGGAAAGGAGAAACGGAAGAGGCAAACACCGAGGAGGCCAAACCAAAAGAGACCCAACAGGGGAAGAAGAAGGGACGGAAGAGAGACGGGAAAAGGGGGAAACGGGAAGCCCAGGGGAAAAGGGGGAAGGCAGAAAGAGCAAAGGAGGAGAAAGAACGGAAGGGACAAAGGCAAACAAGAGCAAACCAAAAGGAGAGGCGAGCAGGGGGAAAGCAAAAGCGCACAAACCCGAAGGGCAGAAGGAAACGGAAGAGGAGGCACGGAAGGGGAGCGAAGGCAGAAAACAAGCGAAAGAGGAGGAACCAACGAAAGAAGAGGAAGGGAAACCAAAGAGGCAGGAGGCAGACGGAACCAAAGAGGGGCAAGCAGAACGAAAAGCAGAAGGCAAGAACGAAAGGAAGGAGGGAAGGAAGGGCAAAAGGCAAGGGCCGAGAAAAGAGGGGGGCCAAAGGACGAAAGGGAGGCAAAAGCACGCGCCAGAACGCCAGGAGAAGAAGGAGGAGGAGGAAGGGCAAAAGGGCAAAGAACCAAAAGAGCAAGAAAGAGCCAGAAGAAGAGGAGCACAGGAAGGAGGAGACGAAAGAGGGAAAAACAAGGGGGAAAACCGCGAACAGGGAGAAACGGGGGCGGAGAAAAGGGGGAAAACGGAAGAAAAGGGGAAGGCCGAAAAACAGGAAGGGCAAGAAAAGGAGGGGCGGAACGGGAAGAGGGGCACAGAAAGGGAGGGGAAACAGGGCAAGGGCAGAACGGAAGACCAGAACAAGAGGAAGGGCAGCAGGAAGGAAGGAGGAAGAGCAAGAAGGAACAGGAGAAGCACGAGGAACAGGAAGAAGAAGGACAAACGAAAGGAGGGGAAGGCACGGGGAAGGGGGCCAGGGGCGAAAGAGAAAAGAGGGGACGAGGCCAAAGGAGCGGGGAACGGGAACGGGAGCACGAAGGAGCAAGAAGAACGCAGAAAAGAGAAGGAAGGGCGAACCGGAAGGAGGCAAACCGCAGCGCGCCAGGGCGCGAACAACGAGGACGAGCCACAAGAGAAGAAAAAACGCCAGAAGGCGCCCAAGCGGCACGAGCGGGGGCAAGAAACGCGAGGCAGCGGCCAAGGGGACGGGAAAAAGGGAGGGGGAGGACGGAAGGACCAACAGGAAGAGGCAGGGAAAAGGAAGGGGGAAGCAGGCCAAGGGACCAAAGAGAGCAGAGGACCAGGAAAGAAGAAGGAGGAGGAAAAGGAAGAAAAGGAGAGGAGCCCCGAAACGGAAGAACAGGAAGGAAGAAGGCCGAAGGAAGAACGAAGAAAGGGCAAAACGGGAAGGAAGGGAGGCCAAAGACGAAGCGCAAGGGACCACAGAAGAAGGAACCAGGACGAGGAGGAGACGGAGGGAGACGGAAGGGAAGGGAAGAACCAAAGGACCAGGAGACAGACAAGAGACCAACGAGAGGGCGGGGGCCAGAAAAGGAAAGACGGAAGAGGAGGAGGAAGGCCCGGAAAAACGAGGGAGAGAGGAAAAAGGAAGCAACGGAAACAAGAGGGAGAGGCGGAAGGGCCAAAAGAACAAGGAAAGCCGGAAGGGCGCGAAAACAGGCCAAGACAAGAAGGAGAGCACGGAAGCACGCAAAGGAGGCGCAGAAACCGCAAGGACCCAAGGGAAGGAGAACAGGAAGAAAAAGGGGCGAAGGACGGAAAGAGACCCAAAACGGAAGAGGAGGACCAACGAGGAAGACCAAAAGAGGGGAGGGAGGAAGAAGGAAAACGGAAGAAACAGGGGAGAAGGAGCGAGAAGGAGGAGGAAAAGAGCAAGCAAAAGGGGGGAGCCAGACGGGAAGGACCCAAGAGAGGGCCCAAAGAGCGGGGCAAAAGAGGGGCGAAAGGCCCAGAGACACAGAAAACGAAAAGGGGCGCAAAAGGAAGGGGAAACCAAACAAGCGACGGGAGGAGGGCAGAAGGCCGAAAAGGGACCGAAGGAGCCAAAAGGGAAGGAGAGGGAAGAAGGAAGGGAGGAGGAAGAAGAGGCGAAAGCCAACCGGAAGGCAGGCGAGGAGGAAGGGAGAAGGAGAACAAGAAGGAGGAAGAGACGAAGCAGGCGGGGAGGGGCAGAGGAAGAGAGGAGGAACCCAGAGAGGCCGGGAGCAAGGCCGGAAUGGAACCAAGAGGGCAAAACGGAAGAGAGGCAGUCGAAAGGAAAGAGGCGGGGGCGAGGCGGGAAGCAACCGAAAGAAGCACCAGGGGCAAGGAAGACGGAACAAAGGGGACAAAAGAUGAGACAAGGGCGGAGGGCGAAAAGCGGAAGAGACGCCAGUGGAAAUGGGGGGAGAGACGAAGGCGCACGGGAAAACCAAGGCCGUGA